GCGGCGGCGAUGGGAGGGAUGCGCUGAGCGCGUUCAUUGCGCUGAUGUGCAGGGCGUCUCUGCUGCUGUGCCUGUGCCAAUCUCCAGCCGAUUAUGCGGACUCUGGUAUGUGCGUCUUGGUCCGACGUCAACACCGUGAGGGUUGAGUCUCGCUCGCCUGUAUGGGCCCUGCCCCUCCACUGACUUGUGGCCGGCCCUGCUCCAUGCUUUGGCUGCCAUAGUAAAGCGAUCGAUGACUCGGACCUGCCAGAGCGUUGAUAAAGAGCUACACGGUCAAUGCUGAACACAGGAGUGCAGUGUGCCUGUCAGCACGUGACCCAUCUACCUUCAGCCUUUAGUGGCUGAACUUUAGAGAUGAAUCGCCGCGAGCGGAGACAAGAGAUGGACUUUGCAAACAGCGCCUCCAGCCCCGCCAUGUUUCCGCGGCCGUCGCUGUUGCUGCAGUCAGAGAGGUGUGCGGGGGCCUCAGCUCCGCUGGCAAGAGGAGAAGAAGAGGACCUGGGCCGGGCCCUGUCCCGGGAUCGCUCCUUCGAUAACAUCAUCAGCGACGCGCACGCCACCCUGUCCGACGACGUGAGGAGGAACUUCAACGAGGACGACUACCAGUACCACCGCCACUCGUCUCACAACAUCCACAAGGCGUUCUCCUCGCACCUCCCCGCCCUCUCGUCUCACCGACGCAAGGGCCAUGGGGCGCCCAAGGGGGCGGCCGCUGCUGGUAAGGCAGCACAGCGACGCGGCAAGGCCCGGUCGCCCGACACCCCCACCAUCGCCGAGGGUCAGGAGGCGGACGCGGCCAGCCCCGCGGGGGCGACGGAGGCGCAGGGGACGGAUGUCGCGAUGGAGAUCCCCGGGGACGCGGAGCGAGGGGAACGGGACGCCCAUCUUGAGCAGGAGUGCGAGCGCAAGGAGGGCGACGGCUCCAAGGACGCGUCUUCUCCCGUCACCUUCAGCCUAGGCGAUGACGAGGAGGAGGGUAUUGGUGCGGCUUGUGGAGUCGCCCGGAAGGAGGAAUCUCCAGAAGACGAUGGGGAAAAACGCCGGCGACCAUCACCCCAGCGAGCAAACGAAGAGCAUGAGGGCGAGCGGACACGGGCGGGGCAUGGCGCGUGCCGCGCGGCGGUACCGCCGUCGUCGUCGUCGGCGGUGGCGGCCCACGGCUACAGCCUGAGCUCGCGACGCCGCAUCGGCAGCAUGACGGACACGGGCAGCGCGCUGUACGCUCGCGUGCCCACCGACGAGACGGAGGCCAGCACCCUCGGCAACGCGCACCUGGAGCACAUGAAGAGCCACCGAUUUGAAGACGUACCAGGGGUGAGGCGUCACCUUGUCAAGAAGAGUUCCAGGUCGUCGCGUGCUCACAAGGCUCACUCCAAACCGGGUCCCAAGAAGCUCUGUGACCGCCGGCCACACGAGGUGUUUGUGGAGCUCAACGAGCUGGUGAUGGACCCGGCUCGCCAGGAGCUGCAGUGGAAGGAGACGGCGCGCUGGAUCAAGUUUGAGGAGGACGUGGAGGCCGAGACGGACCGCUGGGGCAAGCCGCACGUGGCGUCGCUCACCUUCCGCUCGCUGCUCGAGCUGCGCAAAGCCAUCGCGCACGGGACGGUGCUGCUGGACCUGGAGCAGAAGAGCCUCGCGGGCAUCACGCACCAGGUGGUCGAGCAGAUGAUCAUCUCGGACCAGAUCACGGAGCAGGAGCGAGCGAGCGUUCUCCGCGCCCUGCUGCUCAGACACAGGCAUCCGAACGACGCGAAGGAGACAACCUCCUCCUUCCUGCACCGCAACCUCUCGGCGGCGAGCCUCAGCUCGCUGCUGUCGGGCACCUCGGCCACCAGCGCCCACGGGGGACAGAACCACGCGGGGGGCGAGCCGUCCGUCACCCAGCCCCUCGUGGGGGACGGCGCCAUCGAGAUGAGUGAUCUGCAAGAGCAGAAGGACAGUGCGUCAACGGGAAGCGACCCCCUAUCCAGGAAUAAGUCUCGGCCAGACCUCAAGCUUCUGGAGAAGAUCCCACAUGGCGCGGAGGCCACCAUCGUCCUUGUGGGCUGCGUCGACUUCCUGCAGCAGCCGGCGAUGGCGUUUGUGCGGCUGAGCGAGGGCGUGGUGCUUGAGUCCGUGCUAGAGGUGCCCGUGCCGGUGCGCUUCCUGUUCGUGCUGCUGGGCCCCCAGCAGGCCAGCGUGGACUACCAUGAGAUCGGGCGCUCCAUCUCCACGCUCAUGUCCGACAAGGAUUUCCAUGAAGCAGCGUAUCUGGCGGAUGAGCGGCAGGACCUGCUGACCGCCAUCACCGAGUUCCUGGACUGCAGCAUCGUGCUGCCUCCGUCGGAGCUCACAGACGAGGGUUUGCUGCGCUCCGUUGCCGCCUUCCAGCGCGACAUGCUGCAGAAGCGGCGCGAGGAGGAUGGGCGGCGCCACCCGCGGGAAGAAGCGCCUGUCCAGAGCAUUAGUGUGAUGGCAGUGCAGAGCAAUUUGACUGAUCGGAGCGGGAUGGAGGGUGGUGGUGGCGGCGGUGGCGGGCACCAUCCUCACCGGGAUGUGGAGGACCCCUUGCAGCGGACGGGGCGGCCGUUUGGCGGGGUGGUUCGUGACGCGCGGCGUCGCUACCCCUUCUACCCAAACGACAUCAAGGACGCCGUGGACCCACAGUGCCUUGCGGCCGUCAUCUUCAUCUAUUUUGCUGCCCUCUCCCCUGCCAUCACCUUUGGUGGACUGCUGGGCGAGAAGACACAAGGGCUCAUCGGCGUGUCGGAGCUCAUCAUCUCCACCUCCAUCCAGAGCAUCUUCUUCGCCCUGCUCAGUGCCCAGCCGCUGCUCAUUGUGGGCUUCUCGGGACCCCUCCUCGUCUUCGAAGAGGCCUUUUUCUCCUUCUGCUGGUCCCAGGAUGUGGAGUACCUGACAGGGCGGCUGUGGAUCGGCUUCUGGCUCAUCAUUAUCGUGCUGCUCACGGUCGCCUUUGAGGGCAGCUUCCUCGUCCGCUACAUCUCACGCUUCACGCAGGAGAUCUUCUCCAUCCUCAUCUCCAUCAUCUUCAUCUACGAGACAUUCUACAAGCUCUUCAAGGUGUUCAAAGAGCAUCCCCUGCUGAAGACUUACCCUAUAGGAGCCGAUAGUGGAGUGUGGGGCAAUGUGAGCAUGGUCAAUGGUUCGGCGAUGGCGGCAAGGAACGGCACCGAUGCGCCCACCAAGAUGCCAAGCCAGCCCAACACUGCGUUGCUGUCUUUGGUGCUAAUGUCCGGCACAUUCUUCAUCGCUUUUUUCCUACGCAAACUCAAGAACAGCCGCUUCCUUGCCGGAAAGGUGCGGCGGGUGAUCGGGGACUUUGGAGUACCCAUCGCGAUCCUCAUCAUGGUGCUGGUCAACUACGCCAUCCCUGGCACCUACACGCAGAAGCUCGCGGUUCCAGACGGGUUCUCGGUGACGUCGCCCGACCAGCGCAGGUGGCUCGUGAAUCCGCUGGGCAUGCGAUCGACCUUUCCCGUGUGGAUGAUGUUCGCGUGCGUGGUGCCAGCGGCGCUCGUCUUCAUCCUCAUCUUCAUGGAGACGCAGAUCACCACGCUGAUCGUGAGCAAGAGCGAGCGUCGUCUCGUCAAGGGCUCGGGCUUCCACCUCGACCUACUGCUCAUCGUGCUCAUGGGCGGCGCGAGCGCGCUGUUCGGCGUGCCCUGGCUCACGGCUGCCACGGUGCGCUCCGUCACGCACGUCAACGCGCUCACCGUCAUGAGCAAGGCGACGGCGCCCGGGGAAAAGCCGCGCAUCGAGUGCGUCAAGGAGCAGCGUGCAACGGGGCUCCUGGUGGCUGUGCUCAUCGGCCUCUCGGUGGUGCUGGGGGAAGUGCUCAGGAGGAUUCCGCUCGCCGUGCUCUUCGGGAUCUUCCUCUACAUGGGCGUUACGUCGGUCAAUGGCAUCCAGAUGUACGACCGGCUGCUGCUCGCGUUCAUGCCGGCGAAGCAUCACCCGGACUCGGCCUACGCCUCCAAGGUAAAGACGUGGCGCAUGAACAUGUACACGGCGAUCCAGUUCGUGUGCCUCGCGCUGCUCUGGGUCGUCAUGUCGACGGCCGCCUCCCUCGCCUUCCCCUUCGUGCUCAUCCUCACCGUGCCUCUCCGCCACUUCCUGCUGCCGCGCAUCUUCACGGCGCACGAGCUGCGCUGCCUGGACUCUGCCGACGCGGAGCCUCACGUGGACGAGGACGAUUGGCAGGACGAGUACGCCGAGGUGCUCAUGCCCGUGUGAGCAGCAGCAGCAGCAGCGGCGGCCGCCACCGUCGCUUCCACCUCGACCGCUGCUGCCGCCGACUGCUCCACCCAACGCCACUGGACGAAAGCACCGGGGCUUCCUCACUGCCGUCUCUGGGACACCAGCAGAAUCAGCUGCUCGUUCGGCUUUCCGAGCGUGGAGAGAAGACAGGGCGAGCUCCUCUUGAGGAGCACGUGGACCAGAGAGGACGAGACGUGGAAUGUUGCUGCUUGAGGGAGCGGACAUAGAGAGCCGCUCUCGCCAGACCUAUAUAUAUAUACACACACACAAGUCUGUAUCUCGCUUUAAUGAAGAGCUUUAAAAGAAGAAAGGUUUCAAAAAAUAUAUCAGGAGCCAAUCAUUUGGUGCGUUGGGCGCUGAGCGUGCACGCAGUUUCAAGUGCUGGGCACGUUCAAGUGAGCGCGCGCCCAUCGCCACAAUGUGUGCACCCGGGCUCACGCGUUACUUUGUUGGUGCUCUUGACACUGCUGCUCGGCUUAAUGCUCGCUCGUAGAAUAGCAGUCGCGUGUCUCUUCAGAGACAAAGCUGUCAUCGCAGGCAUUUGCCCUCUGGUGGCGACCUUCGUUUGCCCGAUGCUCUUAAGCUACAUUUCAAAAAAACUUAACUGCGGUAUUUGCACAUUGCAGUUUCUUAAAACCAAAAAAAAAAAUCAAACCUCGACUAUCAUGUUUUGCCCUUUAAAAGAAAGUAUGGCUUUUAAAGAAAAAGUUACAACUAUUUUAUAUCACUGGGGGAGUCAAUCCCUGCUGUGGACCACGAACAGGGGCAGAUUUGGACCAUUUCAGAUUUGGAACAUUUCGGUGCAAAGAUCGCUGCGUGCGGCAUGCGUGCAUCCUGUGUGUGGCAAAUUUGUGCACGUGCACGCACGUUUUAAGUGAUAGGUGGUGGGGUAGGGCUCCACUGUGCUUUGGAAAAGUGCUGUGUGAGCCGCCUUUGGUGAAUGUGGACAGCUGUUACCGUCUAAGGGUGCUUGAUGUGUUUGUGCCCAAGUAUGCGUGCGUGUCGAUAUGAUCUGCCUGCGUUGGUUAACUUUUUCGCGAUACGUUUUUAAUGAGGAUAGCGGUAGAGAGAUCCCCUUCCUGCCGAACUACGCGUCACAGGGUCAAUUGGUACUCGGGAGCAAAGCAUUCUGGCGCGACUUUGCACACUUUGCACUGUGCAGUCUUCGUGACAGACCACGGACGGUUGUGUAGCGAGUGUUUUGAGUGUGACCACGAAGUGGUUUGCGUGUAAUAGGUGUACAAAAUCGCGGUGUGCUCACUUUCGCAGCUCCAUGUAAGAUGGUGUUUUGUUCAACGUCGAACCGCUCGGCACUCUGGAUCAUCUCCGGCCGUGUCUCAUCCGGCGAUCCUCCGAGCGGCCGUAAAAAUCGCACAACCGAGCGAGCAAAGCGAGCCGAUUGGAUGGUUGUUGCCGGCUUGGCAAGACUUGCUUUAAAAAAUACACUUGGGCAUUGUCCCACCCCCCUUGACACCACCCCCAUCCCCACCGUCAGCAAUAGCCGAUGGCUUUCUAGGAUUAGGAAUUAGAAGUGGAGUGAGGAAUCCCUUCUGUGCAUGCGUGUAAUAUUCGAGGAAUCUGGGUAUGAGUGGCGCUACAGCUGUGUCUGCAACUCUCAUUUCACACCCACCGUGCUGCUGCUGCUCUCUGGCUAUUUUUUAGGGGGGGUUGGGGGCGUUGGUGCUGGGAAAAAAAAGUACUCUUAUUUUGUUUAUCCAAAAAUAUUAUGGAUGUCGGCAAACAUUGGCAAAGCAUUGCAGUACAAUCAUGUGUUUAGAUGUUCGUAAGCUUCGUGAUUUCUCAGAAGGAAGCCUGUUGAUGUAUGUGUAUUAUGCCCUGAUGAGAAUUUGACUUCAAAGCAAACAUGUCUGUUUUUCGGGGGAAAUUUGGUUUUCGAUUGACACUGUAACCUAUAACUGAAAAGAAAACCUAGGGCCUGAUUUAUAUUAUGCUGCUUGGUCAACUAUUUUGUCACUGAGCUACCUUAUUUCUUCUGUUUAGAUUUUAAAAUGUACGGUGACUGCUGCUUAUAGCUUCAAAAAAGUCGAAUGCAGGUUGCUUGUGACUUGGGACUUGACGGUGGGAAUUAGCGUCUCACGUAACGAGACUGUGCUGAUAUUUAAGUUGAGUUGAGCUUCAUGGGGAUGAGGCUCGCCAGCAUUGUAUGCACCUAUGUUGAACUUCUUUCGCACCGUACGUAGCCAACCGUGCAAAUCGGAGGUGCGGGGGAAGGACAAGAAAGCAUUGUGGCUGCUGUAGGAAGGCUUGGACGAUCGCUGUAAUAAAAUAUCAGAGGCUGUAACAGGUGACCGUCUAUUGACACAUUAAGCGGGGUGCUCAAAGUAUUCUAUUUAUUUCCACGUCCUAUCAGUAGGUGCAUUCCUUUUUUUGUAAAAUAGGUUUUAAGUUAAACUAUACCAGUGCCAACAAGAUGUUUUUUGUCAGUUAAACUGACUGCGUUCAGGGUUUCGAUUGGAUUGCGUGAAUCCGCUGUCCUUUUUAAGCAAAUGCGCGUUUAGCACGUGUAGUUGAAGGUUGUGGAAACAUCGGUCGUCCAAGCCCGUGCCGUGCCCCGCGCAGUCGACAACUAUGGAUGUGUUCCGUCUCCCAUGUUGGACGAGAACAAAGGAGCACAACGGGUCCAUUGCUGGCCUGUGUCGGCCUGUGUCGGAUCGCAAUUGUUCCAUGCAAUCGUGUGAACCCAUGGAGCCAAAUCGGAGAGUGCCCGCGGGUAUCACGACGGAAUUAUGGCAAGGACGUGCCUCAGUAGGCGUUGAAAAUUUGAAUCGGUGUCGGAGUGCGGACCGCGUGGACGAGGUCCCUCUUAAGACGGGGGUGGGGAACCUUUUCCUUACCGAGGGAGGGCCGAAUUUGACUUUGAAAACAACUUUGGCCGGCAACUACACAUUAACACGCACUUAAGAGCUAUCCAAAAAUAACACGUAAAAUAAAUGUGCGUGUCUACCGAGUAGAAAAAGGGCCGUUGCAGUGACAGACAUGACUAGGCAUUCUAAAAUUAGAAACGAAGUGUUGCCAGCUCCAAUAUUCCCCUCUGGCACUUGAUUAGUGCAGCUAAGGUGCUUGUGGCGCCUGAUAUCUCUCAUUUGCAGACAAUUCCGUGUAGCUGCAGACCGUAUGAAAUAAACCCGGGCGGUAUCGUUCGCGCGGGCUGUCGGUUCCUCACCCCGCUCUCAGUCAAAGACUGGCUUGUGACGUAUAAACUUUGAAAACCACUUUGUUGAAAUGGCAGCGUUAACCAUUAGCUUGUUUUGUCCAAUAGGUGUUGAUUAUUUGAAUGCUGGUUUUAAGGAAACAAAUUAUGUUUUGAAUAAUGAUAGGAGAGGUGUAAACAAAACAGUGUACCUCUAAAAAAAAUCUAUACCACUUAAGACCAAGGCAGUUAUACUUAAAAUUAAUAAAUGAUAUUCAAGAUGCACUAAAUGAGGGUAAGAUGAAGAUGUAUAUAUUUUUUGUAACCAAACAUGGCAAUUAUGUUUGGAUUGUAGGGGAGUAACGUUUCUUCAUCGCCACCUCCAAUUCCCCGUAGAUUCUAUGAAUUGCCGCGAUUUGGAAUCGUGAAUGUGUUCCACAAUCCUCUCUUUCACUUUGCGGUGUAUGCCGUGGCCUCUAAUGGAUGCAGGGAUCAAGUGGAACUGCAGUACGUAAGAAUAUAAUAAAGCAGAGAUUAUCACA